CCGAAGUUCGGGGGGGGUGGGGCGCCGAGCGCGCGGGGUGGGGGGGGUCCUGGUCUUUGGCUUCUCGACUCGGUCCUGUUUCGACAGCGAACAUGUCUCGGCCUGUCAGAAACAGGAAGGUUGUUGAUUAUUCACAGUUUCAAGAAUCUGAUGAUGCAGAUGAAGAUUAUGGAAGGGAUUCAGGUCCUCCUGCUAAGAAAAUUCGAUCAUCUCCUCGAGAAGCUAAAAAUAAGAGGCGAUCUGGAAAGAAUUCACAGGAAGAUAGUGAGGACUCAGAAGAAAAAGAUGUGAAAACCAAGAAGGAUGAUUCUCACUCUGCAGAGGACAGUGAAGAUGAAAAAGAUGAUCAUAAAAAUGUACGCCAACAAAGGCAGGCAGCAUCUAAAGCAGCUUCUAAACAGAGAGAGAUGCUUAUGGAAGAUGUGGGCAGUGAGGAAGAACAAGAAGAAGAGGAUGAGGCACCAUUCCAGGAGAAAGAUUCAGGCAGUGACGAAGAUUUCCUAAUGGAAGACGAUGAUGAUAGUGACUAUGGCAGUUCAAAAAAGAAAAACAAAAAGAUGGUUAAGAAGUCCAAACCUGAGAGAAAAGAAAAGAAAAUGCCCAAACCCAGACUAAAGGCUACAGUGACGCCAAGUCCAGUGAAAGGCAAAGGGAAAGUGGGUCGCCCCACGGCUUCAAAGGCCUCAAAGGAAAAGACUCCUUCUCCCAAAGAAGAAGAUGAGGAACCGGAGAGCCCUCCUGAAAAGAAGACGUCUGCAAGCCCCCCACCUGAGAAAUCUGGGGAUGAAGGGUCUGAAGAUGAAGCCCAGUCUGGGGAGGAUUAAAAGUGAUGAUGGUUUGGGGAGAGAUUUUAUUAAAAAAAGAAAAAAGAAAAAAAGAGGGGGAAAAAAGAGAACCUACUUAAGAUAGAACAUGGUUUUGGCUAUGGCUUGACUCAUGGGCUUUCAGUGCUUUUUUCCCUUUGUUUAAAAUAACAUUCUCUCUCUCUUUCUCUCUCUUUUUUAAGAAAACCAUUGUAUGUUGAAGUGUUUAAGUUUCCUUUUUGUCUUUUGGGCUUCUCUUUGCCACCACCCCCCUUUCCCAAUGAAAGCCAUGUCAACUUAAUCACUGGAUUGACUGCUUCAUCUUUUUAUUUUUAAUGGAAGGUAGACCCCAGUUGUAAAGCAAUAAGAUUUGAGAUGAACACUA